AGCAAAUCAUUCUUCUACUAAAUCCCAUGCCCAGCACAUGAAUGUGCUUCUCUUAUUAAGCUUGCUUAUAUUCAACGGAAUAGUUGAAGCAGCAACAUGCAUUCAACAUUCAGACCCUUUGAAUCCGUCCAAGUACACAGUAUCCAACUGUACCAGUGGUCACCCCUCUCAUUCAACACAAUCUCAGCGUCAUCGGCGAGAUGAGCUAGCAUUUAAUGGCACCAACAUGUUCCAUAUAUCAUUCAGUUGUUACGGCACUGAUUCACUCUCAUGUUCAAGGGCCAAAAACACCUUUAUAACGGCAGGGGAGAUCAUUUCAUCCGUCAUUCGAUUUCAAAAACCUGUCACUGUAAAUGCCACAUUCUUGCCGUUCUGCUCUAUGUUGGAUAUAUGUCCAACCGAUGGGAGGAAAGUCAUUGGAUCCGCCUAUCCCGCUGUCAGCCACCUUAUGACUGACGAAUCGGAUAAUAUGACGCGCAUGUAUCCCCAGGCUCUACUGAAGCAAUUCCGUCACCUAGGGGAAGUUCCCAACUGGGCAUCAUUUGAUAUUAACGCAAAAUUUGACAGUGAUAUCAAUUGGUACUUUGAGGGAACUGGUGCCGUUGCAAAUCAACAGCAGGAUUUCCUUCGAAUUGUUGUACACGAAUACAUCCAUGGUCUUGGCUUCCUCAAUUCAUGGAAUAAUUAUCUUUGGAACACCUUCCAACAAGUUGAUCCAAACUGUACUCAAUUUUUGACUCCCAUGCCGAUUUCGCCUCCCAACCAAUUACAAUCUGUGUAUGACCAGGCACAAGAUGCUGAUGGACCCCAACCCUUUUGGGGGUUUGUGGAAUAUCCCUUAGAUAAAUUGGUCAAAAUCAAUGGUACCAACCAAUGGCUAUCCAAAUCUACUAUGCAACUCAAUGGAUGGGGCAACAGCAAUGUCAUGUUUGCUUCACUGGAUGAUAUGUAUCAUUCAUGGCAAAUUUCCAACUACAGCAAUACAGCAUAUCAGAUCUACAAUCUUUCUAUCCAACCAGAUUCGCUUACUAUUUCUAACAAGAAUUUUGGAGAUAUUUGUUUGGAAACCUCACUCAGUCCCUUUGUCGUAGGCUCUUCUCUGUCGCACUUUGACAACAAGCUGUACGAUAAUACCGUCGAUUAUCUUAUGGUGUAUCAGGCUGAUCCUGGUCUCAAUAUGCAGCAAUAUGUAGCUUCACGAGGCGGUGGACCUCUUGGUCCUAAGCUGCUAUCUGUCCUCCAAAAACUUGGUUAUGAUCUUGUAUUGGCUGCAAACAGCACGCAACCUAAAUUGAUUCCUUGGCAACAACCCAAGAACAUGGUUGGUACCACCGAUAACCCAUCACCGUCCGUAUCUUAUGUAGCAGCCUUAGUGUCUACGACCUCCUCUAGUACUCCAUCUCAAACAAUGACGGUUUCUCAAGCUGUCACUGGUAUAUCCACAACACCUCUCUCUCUCUUAAUAACAAUGCUGGCAAUUGUAUCACUCCUUUAAUACUUGCUGUUAUAGACCAAUGCUUUAAGAUAUUUUUGGUAAUGGCAACACUUUGUAUAUUUUCAGCCUUUUUAAAAAAUUGCCACUUGUAAUAGAGCGCUUACUGUAUAUAUUAGAAAAAAUGAUGCCACUUUUUGUUAUAAUUUACCUUACCAUGUCAUCUAUAAAACAUCCACUUGAAUGAUCCAACCUAUCCCGUCAUGAGCUUUU